AUGGGUGAUCACAUUGUGGAGUAUGGUAAGAUUUUUGAUUAUAAAGAUGAAAUUUUAAGGAGUAAUCCAGGUAGUACUUGUGUAGUGAAGGUUGGAGAAGAAGAUGAAACUGGGCAGAAAAUUUUUGAAGGAUUUUAUGUUUGCUUCAAUGCUUUAAAGAAAGCAUUUUUUGGAGGUGCUAGGAGGUUGAUUGGUUUUGAUGGGUGUUUUCUCAAAGGUGUGUGUAAAGGCCAGUUAUUAGUGGCAAUUUGUAGAGAUGGAAACAACCAAAUGCUGCCUAUUGCUUGGGCAGUUGUUGAAGUUGAGAAUCAGUUUACCUGGACAUGGUUUCUUGAACUAGUGAAGAAUGAUCUUGACCUUGGAGAAGGGCAUCAAUUAUCCAUCAUUACUGAUAUGCAAAAGGGACUAGAAAUUGCUGUUGAAAAUGUAUUGCCACUGGUUGAACACAAAAAAUAUGCAAGACAUGUUCUUGCAAAUUGGUGUAAAAACUGGAAAGGAGUUGAAAGAAGAAGAGUGUUUUGGAGGAUUGCUAAAUCCACAUUUGAAGCUGAGAUGAAGGAUAAUAUACAGGCAAUGAAGAAAUUAGGACAAGAAUGUUUGGAUGAUCUUUUAUGGUAUAAAACAAUAAUCACAAUGCUUGAGGAGAUAAGGGUGAAGAUGAUGAAAAGAAUUGGUGAUUUGAGAGAGUUCUUAAACACUUGGAUCACUGAUAUAUCUCCUAUGUCUUUGAAGAUUUUGCAAGAAAAUAUUGAAAAGUCUAUGCGAUGUAACUUGACUUGGAAUGGAGAAAGAGGUUUUGAGAUUAAACAUCAUGGAUUUACACAUACUGUGGACAUUGUUAGUAGGAAUUGUAGUUGCAGAUCCUGGCAGCUCAGGGGCAUUCCUUGUCCUCAUGGUGUUGCGGCCCUUCAUUACAAGGAGUUGGAACCAAUCCAUUAUGUGGCUAGUUGUUAUAGCAAGGAAACGUACCUCAGCAUAUAUGCCCAUUUUAUUCAGCCAAUGAAUAACAUGAAAAUGUGGCCAACAUCAAAUAAUCCAAUUGUAAAGCCACCAAAGAUCAAGAAGUUGCCUGGAAGACCAGGUAAGGUUAGAAGAAAGGAGGCAGAUGAAAGCAGAAAAACUGGAAAGCUUAGCAAAAGAGGUGCUAGUAUGACUUGUAGCAAAUGUGGUACACAAGGACACAAUAAAAGAGGAUGUCCUACAAGAAACCAAGCUGGUUCAAGUCAAUCAACUGAACCAUCUUAUCAGGCAAAGGCUACUGAAAGUGGUAGAGGAAGAGGCACAAGAAGAGUAGCAGGAGGCAGAGCAAGGGCUAGUAGUUCAACUCAACCACCUAGAGCCUCUUCACAGGCCACCACAAAUAAUGAAAGUGGUAGAUAA